AAAGUCUUUACUUGGUUCAAAUGUUUUGUAAUUGGUUGUUUUCUUCUGUUUGAGAUUUCAGGGUUAUUAAUACCCCUCCUAAAAAAGUGAUUACAUCCUAAAUUGUUCUUAAGAUGUAAUUAUUUGGUUUAUCUAUGGUGAUAUAAUUACUGUUUAUUAGCCAAAUCAAAAAUUCAAAAGCCAGAAGAAGACACAAUUGACAUUUAUCAAAAGUUAUGGGUGAAAACGAUUUUUUGUUAUUAUACAUAAAACUUCAUUUUGCGAGUUACCCCAUAAUAUCAUUUCCCUCCCUCAAGUUCUAUAAAUUAUAUUUAAACCUCAAAAAGCGAAAGCUUCUAGUAUUGCUUUUUUGCCCAACCAUUGUCUGCUUUAUGCUUUACUAGUCCCUACAAUUUGCAUCAAAACCAAUUUAGCUCGGAGAUUCAACAUUCAAAUACAUUUUCACCAUUGCUAAACUCUUCUCUGUGCUUCAUCACCAUGUCCUCCACCGCCGACCAAACGGAAUUUCAAAAAGAACCAGAAGCUCCGGCCACCGUGACUGAUCCCGGAGACACCGUGAUCCUGCCGGAGGAAGCACCAUCAGCCGGUGCCGGAGAUCCGAAGCUCCCUGGAGAUGCAGAGGUCCCCAAAUCCGACGAGAAAUUGACGAAAUCGGACGAGGCGAGUGAUUCAGAUCCCAAGGCAAAUGUAGAAUUGAACAAUGCAGAGGCCACAGAAGAAUUGAUCCGACCGAACGAGGUGAGUGGUUCAGAUCCCAAGGUGGAUGAGCCAAAGGAUGAUAUUGUUGAAUCUAAUGCAACGGAGAGUAACUCGAAGCAGCUAAAAAAGGAUGAAGAAGGUAGCAGAACGUUUACAAUGAGGGAGUUAUUGGAUGAAUUGAAGAAUGGUGAUGCCAAUGAAGACAGUGAAGCCCAAAGACGAGAAGGCGAUACGCCUCACAGUCAACGUAGCAGUCAGCACCACACAGACAGUAAUGCUGCCUUGGAGUUGAUUAACAGCGUCACAGGUGCUGACGAGGAGGGCCGAUCUCGCCAACGGAUUCUAACAUAUGCUGCCCGGAGGUAUGCUACUGCACUAGAGAGAAAUCAAGAAGAUUAUGAUGCCCUUUAUAAUUGGGCACUGGUUCUUCAGGAAAGUGCGGAUAAUGUUAACCCAGAUUCCACUUCACCUUCAAAAGAUUCUUUGCUUGAAGAGGCAUGCAAAAAGUAUGAGGAGGCAACCCGUCUUUGUCCUACGCUGAAUGAUGCUUACUACAAUUGGGCCAUUGCAAUAUCUGAUCGAGCCAAAAUCAGGGGUCGUACAAAAGAAGCUGAAGAACUUUGGAAGCAGGCAACAAAGAACUAUGAAAAGGCUGUCCAGCUCAAUUGGAACAGUCCGCAGGCAUUGAACAACUGGGGACUUGCCCUGCAGGAACUCAGUGCAAUUGUUCCUGCAAGAGAAAAGCUAACAAUUGUCAAAACAGCAAUUAGUAAGUUUCGUGCAGCAAUCCAACUGCAAUUUGAUUUCCAUAGGGCAAUCUACAACCUUGGAACUGUUCUGUAUGGGUUAGCGGAGGACAUGUCAAGAACAGGGGGAGCUGUUAAUGCUAAAGACAUUUCUCCUAAUGAGUUGUACAGCCAGUCUGCGAUUUACAUUGCUGCUGCACAUGCACUUAAACCGAAUUACUCGGUUUAUACAAGUGCCUUGAAGCUUGUGCGAUCUAUGCUACCUCUACCCUACCUAAAGGUCGGAUAUCUCACUUCACCACCUGCUGGCAAUCCACUCGCACCACACAGUGACUGGAAGCGUUCUCAGUUUGUUUUGAAUCACGAAGGUCUUCAACAGAUCAGUAAAGUCGAUCAAAGACACAUGUCAAGAGGCCUUUCAUCAAAUUCACCAGCUAUGAGUCCUAGUAGAGAAGCAAUUAAAGUUGAUGUGCCAGAUAUCAUCUCCGUAUCAGCAUGUGCAGAUCUUACAUUACCACCUGGUGCAGGCCUCCGUAUUGAUACGAUUCAUGGGCCAGUUUACAUGAUCGCUGAUUCAUGGGAAUCUUUGGACUGGUGGCUUGAUGCAAUUCGUUUGGUUUACACGAUAGGUGCAAGGGGCAAGAGUGAUGUUUUGGCAGGCAUCAUUACUUCAUAAGUUUUCUGCCUGUAACUAUAUGAUCAACGUCAAAGGUGUGGGAUUCCUGCUCGAGAAAAGCCUGAUUUAUUAGCCUCUGGAGUCUGUUGCUAAUGUACACUUGUAUAUUAUUUGAUUUUUCAUAUGAAACGAGGUUCAUUGAAGUUCCUCUUUUAAGCGGAUGUACGUCACAGGACUACACAUUUUUGAGCUUGUGCUGAUGUUUCAUAGAUGUGGAUUAAGGAAGAUAUUUUGUUAAAUUAAACUCUUAGAGGGUUCAUAUUGUAUGACUAACGGGUACCAUCCUCUAUCGAGUUGAUUUGCUUAUUAAAUUGAAAGAGGUAAUGCUGCAUAGCUAUUUAGUUGUGCAUUUGGUAAGGAUUUAA